GACCCCCUGCACCCGAGAGAAAAAAAAAAGAAGAGGAACCCAGCCAUGCCUUGGGAAACUAGUGAGAAAGCUUGGAGAUUUCUCCUUCCUUUCUUGUUCUAGAACCUGAUUUGGAACCCAGAAUUCUUCCCCCCUGCUGGAAAAUCCGGAUCUGCCCUGCUUUGCUCUGUCCUUCCGCCGGCUGCUCCUGCGUUGUGGGGGUGAUUUGCUCCGGUUUUGGGCCGUGAGUUUCUCCCCUGCACUCCCGCCGGCCUUCCCCAAUCUACUAGCUCCAGUUCCUUGCUUGUAAAUUCUGGUAUGUGGCAGCCUUAAACCAUUGUUUUUAAGCUUGAUUAAGGUAGAAUUAGCUUGAUUAGUUUGCUGCCGUGUGAUGUCCGAAUUUUGGUAGAAAAAUGGGGGAAAUUCCGGUAGCCUUUGAGCAUGUUUUAAGCUUGGUUGAAGCGUUCCCGAUCGUUCUGCCAGUUAGCAUUGAGAUUGAGUGCUCGGUUUUAUGCGAGUGAGGUAAGUAAAUUUAUGGUAAUGCCCGUACUGUUUUUAAAAGCAUGUUUUGAUUUGUUUUUGAAGUGGUGGCAGGACUAAACCCGUUUUACAAGAGCAUGACUGAUUUGAAGUGAAAUGUUUUAUGCUUUUCAUUAAAUUGAGCAUGCCCAC